CCUGUGUGCGACGCCUGGCUUCUGCUCUUUGUGUUUCGCUCACUUGUACUUUCGCUGACUCUACUCUCUCUCUCCUUUGUCUGUGUCUCUUUGUUCGAGCCUUGCGGAGCUCGCGCGCUCCUUUGUGAACCGCCCCCUCCCUCCGUUCUGUGAACCUCCUGAGGCCAGCAGCCAGACUCGACGACUCCCCAAGCGGUCAUUCGGCCUCGCUCGCCAUGUAUUCCAAUUCGAACGCCUUCUUGGGAGGCAACAGUCCACGCCCGGGGACGCAGCCGCAGCAGCAGUAUGGCGGCUCCUUUAACAAUCUCGGCCCUGGCCAGCAGCAGCAGCAGCAGCCGAGCCCCUUUGCGCCGCAGCCCACGGGCUUUGGACAGCAGCCAUUGCAGCAGCAGUUCACGGGAUAUCCGCUGCAGGCCCAGCCGACGGGCUACCAGCCGAUGCCGCAGCCGCUGCAGCAGCAGUAUACCGGCUUCCCGGGACAGGGACAGCCGCCGCAGCAGCAGCAGCAGUUCCCGACGUCGAGCGCCCCGCCGAUGCCCUCGAUUCCUCCCCAGUUCCAGCAGCAGUUCCAGCAACAGCAGCAACAACAACAACACCACCAGCCGCCGCAGCAACCUCAGCAGCUGCCUCAGCUCCAGCAGCAGCCGCAGCCGACUGGGUUCGCGGAGGUGGCUGCGUCUUUCCAGACCGGGGGCACGGCCAAGCCCCAGGGGCGACGAGGCGAAAAGUCGCAGAGCAAGAUUCCCAACAUUAGACUGUCUUUCAUCACGGCGGCGGAUCAGGCAAAGUUUGAAACUCUCUUCAAGUCUGCCGUGGGAGAUGGCUCGGCGACGAUGUCGGGCGAAAAGGCCAGGGAUCUCUUGAUACGGUCAAAGUUGGAUGGCGAGUCCUUAUCGCACAUCUGGACAUUGGCAGAUACCACGCGAGCGGGACAACUAUACUUCCCCGAAUUCGCGCUUGCCAUGUAUCUCUGCAACCUCAAGCUUACCGGCAAGACGCUGCCGCCAACUCUGCCCGACCAUGUGAAGAACGAGGUGUCCAGCAUGGUCGAUAUCAUCAGCUUUAGCGUUGCUGAUGAAGGCCCCGCCGGUAGCCAGUCGAACAAUGCUCCGACUAUUGAGCAGCCGAAGCCGCAGCCACCGCCUGCAUCAAAUUCUCAGCUUCUCCAAGCGCAGAUGACGGGCUUUCCCGGAGCGCAGCAGCAGGGCUUCGGUGGACAAUCGCAAGGUCUUCAGCCCCAGCCCACCGGCUUCGGCAAUCUUCAAAACCCGCAGCCAACAGGAUUCAAUGGCCCCCUUCCUCCGUUGCCUCCUAUGCCCACUGGAUUUGGCGGCCCUGCCAGCGGCGGCAUGAUAGCGCCUCUGAAUGCUCAACCCACAGGAGUUCCGGGCCAGUGGGGACUUGUCAAUGCUCCUGCUUCUGGCUUGCCCAACAUCGACGCGCUGCAAGCUCGUAUGAUGCCUCAAGCUGGCCGUGAAGCCGGUUCUUUCACUACUGCCGGCCUGCAGGGCAACGCUGUCAUCCCCUGGGCUAUCACCAAGGAGGAGAAGACGAGAUAUGACGCGCUGUUCAAAGCCUGGGAUGGUCUUAGAAAGGGCUACAUUGGUGGCGAUACGGCCAUUGAGAUUUUCGGUCAAAGUGGCCUCGAGAAGCCCGACCUGGAGAGGAUCUGGACGUUGGCUGACCACGGUAACAAGGGUCGUCUGAAUCUGGACGAAUUUGCCGUCGCCAUGCAUUUGAUCUACAGAAAGCUGAACGGAUAUCCUCUGCCCAACGUCUUGCCUCCAGAGCUGGUCCCUCCUUCUACUCGCAACUUCAGCCAGUCUAUCGGCACGUUGAAGUCGAUGUUGCAUGAAGAGUCUGAUCUUCGCAAGAACUCAGGCGCUGCCCUGCUUCCUCAGAAGACUGGUGUUAGUUAUAUGAAAGCUCGAUCUUUCCGAGGCGGCGCUAGCCCGGCUGCAGGUGGGAGGAAGGAUGCUACCGUCUUCCGGAAUGAUGACGAGGAGUUUGGGUAUAGGUCCAGUGCCCGCCGAAGGCUGGGCGGUGCCUCUCCUCGAGCCGAAUCCCCGGCGGCAUCUUCUGUCGGUUCAAACGAUGACCUGACGCUCGAUGAGCUUAGGAAGAAGAUCAAGGAAAAGCAGAUCCUGCUCGACGCCAUGGAUUUUGCUGAUGAGAAGAACCACGAAGAGGAUGACAUUCUGGAUCGACGGGACCGCCGCGAAGCUGAGGAGCUCUACCGUCGCAUCCGACGCAUUCAGGAGGACAUUGAUGCGCACCCCGAUGCUGCGCUGGCUGUCGGUAACUCGGACGCAGAGGCGAGAGCUCUGAAGCGCCAGCUCCAGAAGCUCACAGACAGGGUCCCCGAACUUGCUUCGCAGGUGCGAAAGACCGAAAAGGCCAUUAUGGAGGCAAGGCUCGAGCUCUUCCGACUCAAGGAUGCCAAGGCGCACCCUGGAAGCGCAUCGGCCAUUGUUGGAACUGGUCCUGGCGGAGCAGUGACGGAAUCUGACCGGCUCAAGGCUCGAGCAAAGGCCAUGAUGCAGCAGAGGACUGCUGCCUUGACGGGCAAGAAGAUUGAAAGCACUAACGAGGACUUUGACGCCCCCAAGAGGCUGGAAGAGGAGAGUAUCCGGGUUAGGAACGAGAAGGAGAGCAAUGAGCGCAUGGUCCAUGACGUUGAGGAAAGCGUCCGCGAAUUCUCGCGCAGCAUUGAGGACAGCCUCAACGAGGCAGGCAAGGACAACAGCAGUGAGCAUGAGAGACGUCGCUGGGAAGACGCUCUCGGCGUUGAGGACGAGGUUCGAGACUUCAUCUUUGACCUUCAGCGCGAGAGUCGUGCGGCCCGCAUCCGAGCCCAGGAGAAGCGUUCCGGUCGAUCCACAACAGCAGACGAGGCUCCGCGAGACAGAACUGCUCCCGCUCCCCAGCGCAACGAAAGCCCGGCCUCGACUUCGCGUACUGCCACCCCAUCUUCCACGACGGGUGGCGGCUCAUACUCAUCAUACAAGACGCCCGAGGAGCGCGCUGCCUUUAUCAAGCAACAGGCCGAACAGCGCAUGGCUGAGCGCCUUGCGGCGCUGGGUAUCAAGGCUCCAACCAAGUCUGGGGAGACGGCCGCUCAGCGUAUCGAGCGCGAAAGAAGCGAAAGAGCUGCCAAAUUGCGCCAGGCUGAGGAGGAGGAUGCCCGCAGAGAGGCCGAGCGACAGGCUCGCCUUGCCGAGGAGCAAGGAAUCCCUCCUCCCGCCGCGGAAGAGCCACAGUCAGCGGCGAAGAAGCCUCCGCCACCACCGUCAAGAAAGGGCGGGAAGUCGGAGGCUGAUGCGGCAAAGAAGGCCGAGGAAGAGGCAGCCAAGGCCGCCGAGGAGGAGCGUCUUGCCCAAGAGCAUGCGCAACAGCAGAGGGAAACUGACGAGAUGAGGCAAAAAGUGCGGGAGGAGGAAGACGAGUUUGCAAAGGAGCAACGUGAGGCCGAGGCCCGACUCAAGGCCUUGGAGGAGCAGGUCCGGCAAGGAAAGCUACGGAAAGAAGAGGAGAAGAAGAAGAAGAAGGCGGCCCUGGCAGAAGCCAAGGAAAAGGAGGCCAAGCUUGCUGCUCGUCGCGCGGAGAUUGAAGCUGCCAAGCAGCGCGAGCUUGAGCUGCAGCGCCAACUCGAGGCCAUGAACGAGGACAGUUCCUCGUCUGACGAAGACGAGGGCCAGCAGCAGGUUACACCGCAGGCAUCGACUCCCACGCCUGAGCAAAGAGUGAGCUCGCCACCUGUUGCUCCUGCCCCUCCUGCUCCCCCUGCUGCUUCAAUCCCUUCGCCGCCUCCCGUCCCCACGGUUGUUACCUCUCCCCCGGCCGAGACGGAGAGCAAGAACCCCUAUUUCAAGAUGAUGUCGCAGUCAUCGGAGGCUUCUUCACCAGCCGUGCCAAAGGAGACGCCAGCAGCACCUGCACCUGAUGUUUCCACCAACCCCUUCCAUCGCAUGACACAGGAUAUCAAGUCUGCACCGGUCCCAACUCCGGCGCCCGUUCAGCCUUGGUCCCGCAAGCGGGCUGAUUCCGACGACUGGGGCUCGGACCGGGACUCGGAGGACGAAGACUCUGACGACGACCGGCCCGGCGGUGGCAACGCUGCCCAGCUGGCGUCCAUCUUGUUCGGCACUAUGGCGCCCCCCCGGCCGCUUUCUGCUGCCGGCCGAGACUCGGCGCACUCUACGCCUGCUCCGGCCAACGAUGCGAUCGCCUCUCCCCCGCCUCUGCCGACCGGAACGCCUGUUGGUGCUCCUCCUCCUCCGCCUCCGCCCAUGCCAGAUGCCGGAAGCCCGCCACCUCCUCCGCCAAUGCCCCCCAUGGGUGGUCCUCCUCCUCCUCCAUCAUUGCCUGGUGGCAUCCCUCCUCCUCCUCCACCUCCUCCGCCUGGCAAUGCUCCGGCACUGCCAGCAGGAGGUGGCGGACGUCCCGCCGGCUUCCUGGGCGAGAUCCAGGCCGGAAAGGCCCUCAAGAAGACGACGACCAAGGACAAGAGCGCAGCUGCCGUCGCUGGCCGAGUUCUGGAAUAGAAUGGACGCGCUCUAGUUGUCAAAGCUGGGAGUACAUGCUCAGUUUUCUGCCGAGUUCGCUUCUGAUUUGGCAUUUAGUUGUUGAUGAUGCUGGGAGGUGCGAGGGAGACGUAGCAGCGUGUACGUUUGACCUCAUGCACACAUUGCUUCAUCGAUCUGUUUGCGUGGGAGGGGUUGUGUCAUUUUAGUCA